CCUACCUUGGGCUCCUGCCAUCCCCAGCUGGGCCUGGCUUUAUUUAGAAAGAGAAGAAUGCUUUCUCCACGAAUCCCUCUUUCAAAAACGGGUUUUUAAGGCACUUCAGUGAGCCCCCACUGCUGGGAUGAGAGCUGCCACAGUUGCUUCCAGCUGAAAGGCUGAAACUCCAAGAAUGCUUUCAGAGCCUGAAAGCACGGAUUUGGGAGGAAAUCCACCACAGUGAGUGAUUUCAGCUGGGAAUGCAAGCUGCUGCUGCUCUUGACAGGGGACACCACAUGUGUAUAAAGGAUAAAUAGGGGAUCUGGGCAUUUCCACAGGUGCUGAAGCAUUCCUGGGUAACCAAGCACCAAGAGCCACCAGGAGUACAGCUGAUGACCAGACCUCUUCCACCUCCCAGCUUUUCCUGGAAAGCUGCGUCCCUGGAUGAGAUAUAACCCAUAACUGCUGUGGGGAACUGCCCCUUCUCCAGACCCCAGGUGUCUUCCCCAGAAGGAUAUUGCCAUGGGGACACUUUCUAGGCUCAUUUCCACACAGAAGCUACUCUCCAUCCUGCAUACUGAUCUGUGGUCAUCACCCCUUCAGAAUCAUGCCUAGCAGAAAACAAUGCAUCGUGGGGAUGUGUGACAAAUUAGCCUUGUCCCAAGCUCUCUGUGAACUAAAGCAGAGAAUAGAGGAGUUGCUGGUCCCCCAUGCACAUGGGGAUGCCAAGAGGUGGCCCCCAUGGGCUCACAGUGAGGCCAGAGCAGGUGUCCCAGCUCUAGGGCCAAAGCAAAUCAAGAGGUGCUUCCAAAAGCUAUUUUUGGGAUGCAGCCCCAUGUCUGCCCCUGUCGCAGGGGACACCGAUUUCCUGGGGCAGAAUCCCCACUGUCCUGGCUGUUUUUCUAUGCGGGGAGGAAGCGGCUGUUUUUCUGGCAAAGCCAGAGCAUGGUGGCCCGAGGAGGGAGGAAGGGGCCCCUUGGGUGCUCUUCGGGAGCUCUCACCAUGUGCUGUGGCUCCGUUCCCAGUCUGAGCUCUCAUUUCCUAUCGGAAACGAUUGCAUCCCCCUUCCUUUCAACAGGGGAGCAAGCCUCCCAGCUCGUGAUUGUGGGUGGACUGCCAUCAGUGGGAACAGGCACAGGGAGUCAAAGUGUCUGGGAGGGAGAGAGAGCCCUGAAAAACACAGAAAGGUAGCAAACGAGGUUCCCUAGGACUGACAGGAUUUAGGCUGUGUCAUUUCAUUCCCAUUUGUCCUAUAAGAAAAGCACCAGCCAGGCCAAUGGUCUCUUCCUCUGAUCGCUGACGCUCACUGCGGGCACUCAAGGCAGAUUCAUUUAUUUUUGCAGCCUCUCUUCCUUCAUUUGGCAAAGCUGCCUCAUUGAGCAAGAGGGGCCUGACAGGACUUCCGCAAACAAACUUCCUCUGCGGACCAAAGGGCAGCAAGCACUGCAGCCCUUGUACUCCACCUAAACUUCCCAAGGGACCAGGAGCAGCAGCACAAGCCAGGCUAAGUGAAGUACAGGGCGCAGGAUGGGGCAUGGGGUGCAGGAUGGGGUGUGAGGUGUCUCCAUCAGGGUGAUGGCACUCCAUUCAUGGACUAAGCACAGACCCACCCCCAUCCCUGGGCCUCUGCAGGUAAUGGCAACCACGGUGACAGAAUCUGGCGGCGUGCGGAUCAUCACAGAGGUCAUCCCCAACACAGACCCACGGGCAGCUCAGCUGGCCUCCGGCUCCAUCCAGCCCACCGUGUCUUCUUUCCAAGUCAGUGGCUUCAGGAGAGCACAGCCCAAAGUGCUGGGGGUGAGUCUGUGGCGUGGUAGGGCACGUCUCCUCGGCAUUGUGCUGCUGAUGCUGGGAUCGGGGUGGGACGCACAUAAUGGCAAUGCUAAUCCUUGUCAGCACACAGGGGAUCCCCUCUCUUCUGUCCUUUCCCAGACCAUUCACAUCGUCACCGGCAUCAUCCACUUGUGCUUUGGUGUCAUACUGACCUGUGCAGAAAACAACAGUGUCCUCUCCCUUCCUGUGGCCAGCGGAGUCUUCUUUUGGCUUGGGGUCCUGCAGCUCCUGGUUUCAGGCUCUCUCCUGGUGGAAAGUGAGAAAAGAGAGAACAUCCUGCUGGUGAAGGUGUGUUGCGUGGCCAACGCCGCCGUCAUCCUCAGCACGCUGGUGGCCAUGCUCAUACACACGGUGGCCAUCACCCACAGCAUCCCCGGCUGCAGCAGCAGCGCCAGCAUGCCGCUCCUGGUGAGGCAGGAGUGGUGCUUCAGCGCUGAGACCAAGGCCCUGAGCAACGGCUUCGACUGCAUCUUCGUCCUCUUCAGCCUGCUGGAGUUCUGCACAGCCGUGGCGGCCCUGGCCUUCGGCUGGACUGCCAUCAAGCAGUACAGUUACACACGCAUGGUAAGGGGCUCUGCUCACCGCCUUCCUCCUCAGCAGGCCCUCACGCCGGCCCUACGGCUCCUUCUUCUCCCUCUCCAGGUGCUGUAGUGAAGCCCACAC